GCCCGGUUCUCAUCACAUCUUCGGCCACAAAAUUCCAAACCUUAUCAGAAGAAGAAAACAACUACUUCUGGAAAUAUCCAGAGAAUGCUUCGAACCCAUUACACCACUUUCCAGAAUCCAUCAUUUUUCCGCUUUAAAUAUCAUGCCAGCUUCCCUUUUCACUCACUCAACCAACAACCAGCAAAUCUGCAGCUCAUUUUGCAAAAAAGAUAUAAUCUUUAGCAUCUGUGAAGAAGAAGAAGAGAGAAAAAAAAGAAAAUGUCCCACUGUUUAUCAAUCUCCCACACAAUCCCGUCCCAAACCUUUUUCAAUCCUAACCCUGAUAACCAACAAUCAAGAUUUCCCAACUUAGCGAGGUUUCCUAUUUAUGGCAGAAAUCGGGCAGCGCGUGCGGUUAAAGCCGUGGCGAAUCAAAGCAGGGGUGAACGCAAUCUUGAUCAUACACAGAGGCCUAAUAAGCAGAAGAUCCAGAAAAGACCAGCUCAAGUUGUUCCAAUGGCUUUAUGGGACAGAUUCCCUACAGCAAGAACCGUGCAGCAAAUGAUGGAGACAAUGGAGAGAAUAAUGGACGAUCCUUAUGCGUACAACAGCCAGAGACUAUCCCAAACGGGCGAUUACGGAAGGGGAAGAACUCCAUGGGAGAUCAAAGAAGUCGAAAAUGAAUACAAGAUGAGAUUCGACAUGCCUGGAAUGACCAAAGAGGAUGUUAAAAUUUAUGUCGAGGAGAAAAUUCUGGUCGUGAAGGCCGAGAAGAAGGAAGAUGAUGAAGAGAAAAACGGCGAGUGGACAGCUAAGAGCUAUGGGUGGUACAAUCCUAGGAUUGGUUUGCCGGAGAAUGUGGAGUUUGAGAAAAUUAAGGCUGAGGUUAAAGAUGGUGUUUUGUACAUCACUGUACCUAAAGCUAGUAGCAAUGCAAAGUUGCAUUGUCACUUGGGUGUGUUUUACAUGCUUCUCUUGGUUUUUGUUGGGAGUAGGGCUGCAAACGCUCGAGUCAAAGCGCGGCUCAAGUUUAACCGAACUCAAAUUGAGCUCGAGUGGCUUGAUCAUGUUAUCGAGUCAAUCUCGAGCAUAGGAUUUAGAAGGUCAGCUCGAGCAUAG